UUUAAUAAUGGCGAAACCCGCAAAACAUGAAAUUCUUCCUCUUACUAUUUUCUCUGCGUUAUUUUUCAGCUUCCUUCUUCCAUUGUUAUCUCAUGCAAAAGACACCAUUCGGCCUAAAGACACAUUGACUGGCAACCAAACCCUGGUUUCGGCUGCGGGCGUUUUUGAGCUCGGCUUCUUCAGUGAUGGCUUUUCGGGCAAUUACUAUCUCGGAAUCUGGUUCGUAGCCGACCCAAAGAAGAAACCCGUCUGGGUUGCCAACCGAGAAAGUCCACUCAUCGAUCCCUACAGUGAGCUUCAAAUACGUUCCGACGGGAAUCUAAUUCUUAUAGACCGGCGACAAACGGCGUUCAUCAUCAACUCCGAUCGUCUUGCUACAACCACAAACACCAGCGCAACACUCUUAGAUACCGGAAACUUCGUCCUCCUCGCGGAAACAAAUUCUCAAGUAUGGCAGAGUUUCGAUUAUCCGUCUGACACUUUUCUUCCCGGGAUGAAAAUCGGGUGGUUCGGAUUGAACUCCGACGACCCGAGAUACCGGCUUUUAGUCUCGUGGGUGAGCUCCGAGAGCCCGGGUCGCGGAGCCUUCACUCUCGGCGUCAACAAUAGCACCUUGAACACUCUCACCGUAUGGCGUGGAGACAGUGUUCACAUGGACAUAGGCUUCUGGGAAGGAGGGAAAUUCCGGUUCAUUUUCGAAAACUCGUCGGGGAAUUACAAUUUGAGCCAUUUUACUAGCAAUGAAGGGACCUACUUCUCUUUCAGUAGUAAUAGUUUAUCAAACAAACAUGUGUCCAAGUGGUUUGUCAUGGCUUCUAAUGGUAAUCUUGACGAGUUCUCGAUCUCGCCGGAGGGGAAAAUAUCGUCGGUGAGUCAUGUUCUAUGCGAGGAUUCGGCCGGUGGGAACACCGGGAAGUGUUUGAUAAAGAUACCUUAUAAGUGCGAAGAUGGUGAUAAUUUUUCAGAGAUAAAUGGUACAAUGCCAACGUCUUUGUUCUUGAGGGGCUCGAUUAAUUUGGGGUUUAGUGAAUGCGAAUUUAUGUGCCGGAGCAAUUGUUCUUGUUCUGCUUUUACUUCCUUUCAGGAUGAUCUAAACGGUUGUCAUCUUUAUUUUGGAAGAAAAAAUGAUAUUUUCAAGGUUGUGGAGAAAGGAUCGGGGAUUGUUUAUGUUCGAGGUGAUGCUCCAAGACAAAGUGGUGGUAAAAAUAAAUGGAAACUCUGGAUGGCUAUAAUUGCUCUUCUGGCUUCCUUAUGGGUUCUUAGUGUAAUCUUGAUAGGGCUGUGUCAUCAUCGACGACGGAGAAAACAUGAUCAUCAAGUACAAAGCCAAAUACACGUAAAUCGCAAUGAAGAGGUUCGAUUAUUUCGAAUGGGAUCCAUCAUUAAUAGAUCACCUAAUAACAAUCAUGAUGAAGCUAGAGUUUCAACUAAACUUGAAAUAGGAGGCAGACCGCAGGAGCAAGAAUUUCCCUUGUUUAGCAUUUAUUCCAUAGUGAAUGCAACAGAUUCCUUUGCGGCAGCAAACAAGUUAGGUGAAGGUGGUUUUGGGACUGUUUAUAAGGGUAGGUUGCCAGGAGGACAAGAAAUUGCGGUGAAAAGACUUUCCAAGAUUUCUAGGCAAGGAACAGAGGAGUUCAUAAAUGAGGUUACAUUAAUUUCUAAGCUCCAACAUAGGAACUUGGCAAGGCUUUUGGGAUGUUGCAUUGAAGCAGAAGAAUCUAUAUUAAUUUAUGAGUACAUGCCCAACAAAAGUUUGGAUUCCUUCGUAUUUGAUUCUUCAAGAAGGGUACUUUUGGAUUGGAGAAAGCGAAUUAGCAUUAUUGAAGGAAUUGCUCAAGGUCUUUUAUAUCUUCACAAAUACUCCAGAUUAAAAAUAAUUCAUCGUGAUUUAAAGACCAGUAAUAUCCUUUUGGACAAGAAUAUGGACCCUAAAAUAUCUGAUUUUGGCAUGGCAAGAAUUUUUGGAGACCAUGACACUCGAGUGAAAACGAAAAGGGUGGUUGGUACAUAUGGGUACAUGUCUCCCGAGUAUGCAAUGGAUGGUCUAUUCUCUGAAAAAUCAGAUGUGUUUAGUUUUGGGGUAAUCUUGCUAGAGAUCAUAAGUGGAAAGAAGAACAUUGCCUUCUUUGAGACGAAUCAAUCUCUAAACCUACUUGGCAAGGCUUGGAAUCUUUGGAAAGAAGGGAAAUGCAUGGAGUUGAUAGAUCAAACGCUACAUGAUUGUUGUCCAAAGGAUGAAGAAGUUAUGCGAUGUGUGCAGUUGGGUCUAUUGUGUGUGCAAGAAAGAGCAUUCGAUCGACCAACCAUUUCGGAUGUAGUUUUUAUGCUCAGCCACCAAACAACGGCCUUGCCUCCUCCAACGGAACCUGCAUUCUUGAGUCAAUUGAACUCUAGAGCGGAUGUAGAAUCAUCUUCAAGUAGGCAUAGACUUUAUUCUGAAUAUGAUAUUACCAUUUCAGAAGUACAUCCAAGGUAGCAAAAGAUAAAUUGUAUUUGGAAUAGCAGAUUCAACCGGAUCAUUAUGUUGAAAAUUGUAUCUACAAUGCUAAAAUAGGAAUAGUACAUUUUUCUAAUUCAUCUAUACAUACUUUGUACAUAGAACUUAGAAGCAUGCUCAUAUUAAUGCAUUUCGA